GUCAGCUCUUCGAUCAGGUGGCCAAAGUACUGGAGCUUCAGCAUCAGAGGACGGAGUCAGGCCCACAUUCUGAGCAGUUGGGAGGAAAGGGCCAGAGGACCAGAAGGAGCUUGACAGGCCUGAGGGCUCCCCGCUGCUGAUGAGAUGAGGGAUGUCAGAACUAGGACCUGAAGGAAAAGGAGGGGUGACUUUUCAGAUCGCCCCUCCGUGUACCAGCGAGAGGUAUUAUGAGCAUCUUGGACAGUGCUGUAAGAAAUGUGAACCAGGAACGUACAUGUCUUCCAAAUGCACCACUACCUCUGAAAGCGUCUGUCUGCCCUGUGGCUUGGACGAAUACCUGGACACCUGGAACGAAGAAGAUAAAUGCCUGCUGCACAAAGUCUGCGAUCCAGGCAAGGCCCUGAGGGCCGUGGAGCCCGGCAACCGGACGGCGUCGCGGCGCUGCGCCUGCAUCUCCGGCUACCACUGGAGCGAGGACUGCCACUGCUGCAGCCGCAACGCCGAGUGCGCGCGCGGCUUCGGCGCCCGCCCCGUGCAGCUCAACAAGGACACGGUGUGUGAGCCCUGCCCCGCAGGCUACUUCUCCAACACCACUUCCGCCACGGACACGUGCAGGCCCUGGACCAACUGCACCAUUCUCGGAGAGAGAGAAGUGCGUCGUGGAACCGAUGAAUCAGAUGUGGUUUGUAGUCCUCUCCCACCUGCAGAUCCACCAAGUGAACCGCAGAUUUAUUUGCCCAGUUUAAUUAUUCUGCUCCUCUUCAUGUCUGUGGCUUUAGUAGCUGCCGUCAUCUUCGGUGUUUACUACAGGAAGAAAGGGAAAGCACUGACAGCUAAUUUGUGGCACUGGGUCAAUGAGGCUUGCGGCCGCCUAAAUGGAAAUAAGGAGUCCGCAGGCAACAGUUUCAGCUGCACUCACGCGGAGGCCGGCAGCGCACGCGAAGUCUGUGAGGGUGUCUUCCUGCUGACCCUGGAACAGAAGGUGUUUCCUGAAGACACGUGCCGUCCGGAGGCGGGGGGCGCGUGCGCAGCGGCCUGUCCACCCCGGGGAGACGCCGAGAUGCUCUCCUUGGUCAGCGAGAUCGAGGGGGACCCCUUCAGGCCAGUGCCCACGGAGGACGAAUACACGGACAGGCCCCCCCGGACCGCAGACUCCAUGGUGGUCCUCACCCCGCCUGGAGGCCGGUCGCCCUUCCCUGAGCCCCUGGAGGUGGGCGAGAACGACAGCUUCAGCCAGUGCUUCACGGCGACGGACAGCCUGGGGGGCUCCGAGAGCCCCCGCCUCCCCGCGCCCCCCUGCAGGACUGCGUGGAGGCCCGCGUCCCCCGAGAAGUCCUUGCACGGAGAAGCCGGGGGUGGCCGGUGCCCACACUGGGCGGCCGGCGCCCGCUCUGCCGAAGGCUGUAUAGGCUGCGGGGACCCGGCUGGGGGGGACCCGGCGGCCGGACUGGGGACCCCCCCGAGUGGACCCUUGCCCCAGUGCGCCUACGGCAUGGGCCUCCCGCCCGCAGCAGACCCGGCCGAGGCGGGGGGCCAGCCCCCGGACGGGGCUGCCGCCGAGCUUCCCGGCCCCGCGAGGGGGGGCCCGGGUGACCAGCCGCCUGCCUCAGGCAGUGUGACUGGAAACAGUAACUCCACGUUUAUUUCCAGCGGGCAGGUGAUGAACUUCAAGGGCGACAUCAUCGUGGUCUACGUCAGUCAGAACUCGCAGGAGGGCCCGGCGGCGCCAGGCGGCGGCGCGGGGGAGCCGGCGGGCCACCCGGUGCAGGAGGAGAGCCCGCCGCGCCACGACUCGUUCGCCGGCCUCGGGCCGCGCUUCCCGGACACGUGCACUGGCCUAGACGUGGGCCCAGGACUGCAGGAGCGCGGUGCCCCGGCUGCAGACAAGGCCUCGCGGCCGGUGCAGGAGCAGGGGGCGGCCGAGACGCGGCGAUGAGCGGCGAACACCCGCCGCACUUCACGGCGCCGCUCGGAACCGCGGGGCCUCCACACGCGGGCCGCGCACGUCGGAAGCCGCGUCGCAGCCUGGCGGCGUGGCGUGGCGUGGCGGGGGGCGUGGUCUCGGGGCGUGGUCUCGGAGGGGCGGGGCCAUGGGCCAGGGCCUGCGCCUUCAUGCUUCUGCAUUCGGUACAGCUGCGUGAAAUGACCGGGCGUCCUUCGUCCACCUUGCUUAAAUGGAAUCGAGGACUUUCUGGGGGAAAAAAAUGUACGUUUGUUAUUACUACUCUGCCGUCCACAGUCAGGUGUCAACGCAUUGCACAGGUACAUGUUGCUGUCUUCAGUCGCUCCGCUUUUUACCUCCUUUUAUAGUUUUUCUUCUCCUUUAACUUCCUAUUAUCAGCUCAUCAAUAGUUUGUCUCUUCAUGGCAUCUGUUUCUAUGCCUGUCCCGUUCCAUUUGGGUCUGUAGCCUCCCCCCCUCCUCCAUAUUUGAUAUUUGUAUUUCACUGUCUUUCAUAAAGUUUUUCUUGAUACUGUCUCCUCACCCCACCCGUUUCUUUCUUUUUACUAUUCAACGAUUUUCUUGAAAAUUCUCCUACGGGUGACGGUCUUCUUUAUAUUUCUUUGACCCUUUCUCACAAGUAGGUGCCUGUGUGUAGUGAUGGAGGGGGAGGGGGCGAGGAGUCUGUACUAAGCACUUUUGGGAAAAGACUAGGAAUGUGAAACCUGGCGGGAAACUUGGGGAACAAGAAGAGAGACUUUGAGCUUUUGAAAACUUUUCUGAGUUCUCAAUUUUCUAAAGGAAGGGAAAAUCCUCCUAAAUAUUUUUUAAGUGUGUGUCAACUUUGAGGCAGCCCAAAGCUGCAAUUUGUGUCUGACUCCUUUAAUCCAUCUCAAAAUGGUUCAUCCCCAUCCAUAUGCCAAGAUGAAUGUGCAUACCCAUCCCAGCAGAGGCAGCAAAACUUGGGUAACUAAAUCUCUAAAACUCCAGCUUGCUGCACUUGGCAUUCUCAUUCUUGAGAAUGAGAAAAACGUGUGGAAAAUGAGUAGCUAUGGGAUGGUCUCAGUGAAAAAAAAAGGUGCUGCAAAAGUUCAAGAAAGGAAGAAUAAAGAUGUUAAUGUGCAUUUUUUUCUUUCUAAACAAGAAUAGCAUAAAUGUGUUUAGGCAAUAGGCCCCAUUUGCUUCCUAAAUGUGUGUCUAUAGUUUAGCCUUAUAGAAGUGGAAAACUUUCCUGUUAUUUUCCAUGCAUCUGAAUUAAAAACCAAAUCCUUACAUUGUGAACUUAAGAGAAUUUAUCACAGAGAUGCUUUCUCUCAGCAUCAGUGCUCUUGUGAGGAAACAUACAGUGUGAGUAGGUUGAAAGAAGUUGCCUGAGGUGUUUCAUCUGUUGUGGCCAGUUAGCAUUUGUUUUCCUCAAAUACCAAAGUUACAAUGCCUACUGCUGCUGCUGCUAAGUCGCUUCAGUCAUGUCUGACUCUGUGCGACCCCAUAGACGGCAGCCCACCAGGUUCCCCCGUCCCUGGGAUUCUCCAGGCAAGAACACUGGAGUGGGUUGCCAUUUCCUUCUCCAAUGCAGGAAAAUGAAACAUGAAAGUGAAGUUGCUCAGUCGUGUCCGACUCUUCGAGACCCCAUGGACUGCAGCCUACCAGACUCCUCUGUCCAUGGGAUUUUCCAGGCAAGAGUACUGGAGUGGGGUGCCAUUGCCUUCUCCGUACAAUGCCUGAGCAUAUUAAAAUUGAUUUUGUGUAUCUGGUAGGUUUUGAAAGCGCUGAUAGUAGUCACUGUCCAGACUUGAAUGACCUCAAAUGCCCAGCUGAAGGGAAUGACCAUUGAUCAGGGGUUUCUCCCUGUUGACUGCAGGUCUGUUGGAAAUGCUAGAAUAGUAGCUGUCAAUUAUGAUUUUUAAUGGAGAAGCAGAGGUGGCUCUAUAAUUUCUGUGGCUCCUUAGCAGGCAUGAAAAAUGGCAGAAAAUAAGCUUAUUGCCGGAAUGAUCCCUUGGUGAGAAUUUACUGUCUGCACUGCCCUUUUCCCAUCCAUCCAAAGAGAGAUGUUAUAAAGUGGAAGUAACUAUCAUACCUUUUGUUAUAUUGUAGUUCACUAAGGAGAAGGCAGAGCUAAAGACCCAAGUUUCUCCUGUGACUGUCACCAUCUCACUGAUACUUUACCUUUCUCUGCUUUUUUAAAAAAAAUUUUUCCUACAAAAAGGCACUAA